AUGCGCUGCCUGUGGCUGCUGGGCGGCUCCUACCUCGCAGCAGUGGAUUCGGCUCGCCUGGACCUGUCGCAGGUGGCCAAGGACCCGACACCGUUGUGUCACGAAGACAUCGUGGACGAGACGUGUGAGUUGCUCUCUGCUGGUCGGAAUGUCUUCCAACGUGGACCGUCGGGCAAAGCGCGUGUCCUCAGCUUCGGUGAACUCCAGGGAGCACUCCACACGACCUUAGAUUCUCUGGCGAGCUACAUGGACUUCAUCGAUCUGGACCCGCACCGUGCUGGGCCGUUCAUGGUGAACUGCAUGGAGCUCUGCAGCUUGACUGUGGCCAGCCUUCCUCUGACACACAGACCACCGGCCCCGGAUGUGGCUUGUUACACUUCCGAUGCCGGCGUGGUCUGUGACAUCGAUGUAUCUGAUGCCAGCUUCUCAAACAUCAGCUUCGACACCGCGAACGCGGACGGCACCAACAAGUUCGAGCACUCCACAGCCGUGAAGGUCACUGUGGAGAUGGGGAACGACACGGUCUGGAGCCCCGACGUGGCGCCCGUAGACCCCGAGGAUCGAGACGAUAUGCCGGAGAAUGUCGGCUUGGAUCAGCUCAGGAUCAGCGUCGCCAACUUGUUCCGGAUCUUCCCGCCUUUCGAGUUAGAGGUGACCGAGAGCAAGAACCUCGACGAUGUCAGCGAUCCGCAGAUCGUUGAAGAGAACGGCACGGAUGCGAGAGAAGUCGAAGUGGCGAUUGAGGUCUCUCCCACACAUUCCCCAACCGAUAUCGUGGGAUCUGGCGAUGAGCUUGAACUUGACCUCUCAGACCACGAACAAGACGAUGCAGCGGUGGGUGCAGGGACUGGUGAGGUUGCAUCCAAGCGGAAGCGGAGGGCAUCCACGGAUGGGGAAGACAGUCCAACGAAGCGGAGUUCAGGGUCUGUAACGGAGGCAGCAGUGACUGCAGCCGAACUACGUAGCCUUCUGGGUGAACAUCUCCGAGAGAUCAAGAUGGCCUGGGGAGACAUCCAGGACAGGGUCACUGCGGUGGAAAAGGUGACUCAGGGACACAAGAAAGAACUCAAGGUGGUCCAUGGUAAAACCAAAGUCCUCGAUCAACAGAUGACUGCAGUGAAAGCUAAGGGGGACGCGACAGCUAGAAAGGCUGAGGACCUGGAGACGAAGCUAGAAGGGUUGACCUCCAAGAUCGAAGAGCUCGGAAUCAAGAACCAGGCAACUGGCGAUGGGAGUGAUCCCUGGGGAGAGUACUUGGCACGUCGGAAAGAAGGGCAACCAGGUCGAAGUGAAGGGGGGGAAGAACGGAAAUCCUUGAGUGAAGAAGACCAGCGAUCCUUGAUCUUGGGGGGAUGGCUUGCGGAUACCAAGCGCUCUAUCAUCGAGUCCGAGGCGCAGCAGAUCCUUGACAUGCCUGCCCUGGCGAACUUCGUGGACACCAACCGAGUUGUCGUCUUUGGACCACGGAAGAGCUUCGGCAUCUUGCGGUUCAAGAUCAGGGACGGUGAAACCGCAGCGGGGGUGAAAGCUCGAAUGUGGGAAGUGGUCAAUCAUGUGAGGCAGAAUAAGCAGACUCUCAGUAGCACUACUGGGCUUGGAGAUGAAGGUCGACCGAUGUGGGCCUCCUUCUUAAAGACGCCAGAGGCCCGGAAGAAGUCGGCGAUGUGCUCCAUGACGAGGAGAGUGGCCAUGCGACUUGCUGCUGGGGUCAAAACCAAAGAAGGUGCCUACUACAACGAGGAUGCGACGACCGUCGCGGGGUAUGAUGUUGACUGGUCUACAGGGACUGUCUGGAGUGGAACACACAAACUGGCCAGCGCCAGUCACCGUAAAGACAUUUCCCGCAAUGACGAUUACCAGGCCCUCAAGCUUGGAUGGGUUGACAUCCGUGCAGUUGUUGCAGUGACCGGGUGUGACUGGUCGGAGGCUCACGAGGCCUUCCAGCAUGAGCAGUGA